GAGCCAGACGUCCGUGAUAACGAUAACGACAUUGCACGUGUUUGAGGUUAUGUUAUGUUUUGGAAAAAGGUUUUCGUGAAUCCGAAACGCAAUAAUUACGUCGCGCUUACCGCCGCCGCGGCCCAAAAUCCGGGAUUCGCGUCGACAUCGUCGCCGUGUCGUACUCGUUGUCCGUUUCGCCUCGACCGCCGAGAGAUGGAUUCGAAGAGCCUGAAGGACCGACCGCUGUUCGCCGUCGUCGGGUGCACGGGCACGGGAAAAACGAAACUCGGUGUGAGACUAGCCCAGGAGCUGGGAGGCGAAGUCGUGUCGGCCGAUUCCAUCCAAGUCUACAAAGGUCUUGACGUAGCCACCAAUAAGGCUACCGAUGAAGAGAUGGACGGAGUCCCGCACCAUAUGAUGGGCACCGUGGAUUGGCGUGACGAGUGUAACGUACACCAGUACAGGAAUGAAGCUCUAAAAAUUAUACAAGACAUAUACUCUAGGGGCAAAGUUCCGGUGGUGGUGGGCGGCACGUCGUACUACAUCGAGUCGAUAAUCUACGACAACCUGGUGCAGGGGUCCGCCGCCGGGGAACCGGAACUGGAUGCGGCGGCGGACGACGACGACGAGCAGGACGAUGAUGAGCAGGACGACGACGGCGCCGACUUGUCCGUGAACGCUUUCCGCGAGUACGCCUUGUUCCGUAACGUCAAUGACGUCCCGACGGCCGUCACGGCGAUUGGCACGGGACGCAUGUACGUGUAUGUGUUGUCCGAAGCGGUGAGGUUCGCGCUGACCAUGACGGCCGUCGGGCGGCUGCCGUUCCGGCGGUACAGGAACACGUUCGUUGGUGUGGAUAACGUGGCCGGACCGUGGCCGCCGACGGUGGGCGAAUGCGAGGCGGCCGCGUUGUACGCUCACGGCGUCCGUGUGCUUGAUGCCGUUGCCGAGGCAGUCGGCCGGACUGACGGUGGACCGGACGUCCGAUACGAAGUGACGGCCGAUGACGUGGUGGUUGGCCACCUCGAGCGGUAUGGGUUCGCCGAUAUCCAUUCUAGGCUGGACGAUCUGCUGACACGUGUGAAAAAGGUGAGGAAGAUGGCGGCGGACGUCGACGUGGACGCAAACGUCCGGGCGGCCCUGUGCCGGGCGCAUGCGGAGUUGCAGAUGCGGACGCAGCGGCUGGCGCUGGCUUUGUUGGUCGACCACGAACGGACGGCCGUGGACCUGAUAACGCCGGCCGCGCUCAAGGCGCACGCCGCUUAUUUCGAUCCGGUGGCGGCCAGCGCGCUUCAUCCGCACAACACGCGCAAGGUGUUUAGGACUAUACAGAUUUACCUGGUGAGGGGCAAGCAAAAAAGCAAGCUGUUUGAGGAGCAGAGAACUCGGGUGAGCGGGUCCGAUGUGCCAGUGGUUGCUCUGCGGUUCAAAGAAGUGCACAUGAUGUGGCUGACAUGCGACGCGGACGUUUUGAACAGACGGCUCGAAGAACGCACGGACGAGAUGGUCGAACGCGGAUUGGUCGACGAGCUUUGCCAGUUCAAAAAAGAACUUUCCAAAAUGACCGGUACAGACAACUUCAAUUUGGACUUUACGAAGGGCGUGUUGCAGUGCAUCGGCCUGAAACAGUUCCAGCAGUACCUGGAGUUGCCGGUCGACGGCCGCGAUACCGAGGCUGGCCGCAAGUGUCUGGAGGACGCGCUCGUCGCCAUGAAGUACAUGACAAAAAAAUACGCCAGACGUCAGAUCCGGUGGAUCAACAACCGUUUCCUCAAGCCCAACGACAAACAGGCCGUCUCGGUGUACCGACUGGACUGCACCGACCUCGAGGAGUGGAAGCGGCUGAGCGACCGGGCGGUGGACUUGGCGCAGGUCGUGCUGGGCCGAAAACCUCGCGGUCAACACACGCUGGAGCCGAUCGACGUCAGUGACCAGAAAACCGUUUUGCCCGUUUACGGCGACUUUUAUUGCGACGACUGUUCCAGACCGUUUUCCAAUGACAUACAAUACAACAUCCAUAUGGGUUCAAAGAAACAUGUUAAAGUGAUGAUGAAACGUAAACGAAAACUUCAGGAUACAACUUUACAUUGCGAUAGUGACAAUGAGAAAAAAUUGUACUCUCACAAGAAAACAUAAGUUAACUUAAUUAAAUUGUUACCCACUAGUUGUAUUGCGAUGACAUUAGAUGCCAAUUAUUUAAUUCAUAGAUGGUUAAUAUUGUGAAAUUAUUAAAAGAACUGACAUAAAGUCUGACUUUUGGGUCUAAGAAAUCUCUAGAGUAUGUAAAAACAGGGUUGAUGUUGAAAUAUUUGUCUUUUAAUGUUAAAGCAUAAGAUCAAGACUGAUUAUAGAUUUUAGUUAAAUUAACAAGUCGUUUUGUAAUAUUUUACAGAUAAUUUUAUUUUGUUAUAAUUAUUAUUAUUAUAUUAAUAAUAGAUGAAUUAUUAAAUUUAGAUAUUGUAAACAUUGCUAAUUGUUAUAAUGUUCCUAAAUUAUAUUAUUUAAGAACAUAUUGGAUCUGGGAAUACCAUUGUAAGAGAGAAACCAUGCAUAGGUGUGGACUGGACAGGUAUGACGAAGGUGAAAUGAUUAGUCUGGCCUUAUAUUUAUGUUCAUGGCCCAACUGGUUAUUUUUUAAAAAAUCUUUUUGGCCUAUCUUAAGCAUUUCCAGGCCUGAAAUAUUGUUCCAGUACGCGCUUGUGGUCCCAUUAUUCCAUUUUCUAAUUGAACAAACAUUAUUGUACAUUUCAUUAGGUAUCUAAUAACAGUUUACACUUAUAUAAACUAAUACAAUAAUAGCAAAAUCAAUCAAAAUAUUGCUUAUAAAAAUACAUUCACUUACAAAAGAAUUUUAUUUUCAAUAUUUUAUAAUCAGAUUCGUUGAAAAUUGUACGUGUAAAGAUAGAAAAUACAUCACAAUUCAUGACAUUAAUUUACUGUAAAGAUAACUGUGUUUUUGUUGAAAGAAUUAUAAUUAAUAUACAUAGUUAACUAUUGUACCCAACUAUUAUAUUUUAUAAUAUUGUAUUAAUUUAAGUUUUAACCUAAACAUUUUUUUUUUUUAAACAUCACUCAAAUUGGUAUUUGAAUGGUUACUUACCAUUACUUAACUUACCAAUUUUCCACAAUAAUAAUAUUAUGUUUGUUGAACCAUCGAACUAAAAUAGAUUUUGUGUUGUAUUUGUAAAAUUUAUAAGGUCCAUGUCAAGCUACAUGAUCUUAAAAAAUAUGGUGUUUGUUACUAUAAUUGAUACUGCCGUAAGCUUAACGUUAUUCCUUUGUCUUUUAUCAUUGAUUAUAAACAAUAUAUUAUAAACACUAUUGUAUUA